AUGGCUUCAAGACGCACCCAAAACCUCGAGCAGAAGUCGCAGGACCGCAGACUGCGCAUCAUCAACGACAAGAUUGGCAAGUACCGCACCCUGGGCGCCACCGUCACCACCCAAGAUACCUUUGAGGGGCGAUGGCGCACCGACGACGACCUCGUCUCCGACAUGAAAGACCAGCUGGAGGCUGGCACCGCGCUAGCGUUCUGGGCCGAUGGAAGCGUGCGCAAAGACGAGAAGUGGGACGCGUUUCUCGGUGCAGGAGUAGCGUGGCAAGAGCGUAGGGAGGAUGGAAAUUGGGAGUGGCAGCAAGCAGAGUUCGAGCUGGGUCAAGAUACCGGAGAGUCGAGCGAUACCGAGCUAUUUGCUGUCGCAGCAGCACUUGGCCUCACGGUCGAAAAAUUUCGGGGCGAAGGCAGUGCCGUCAGGGCCGUCAGGAUCUUCUCGGACUGCAGGAGCUUGCUGCUGAGUCUGGAGCGCGGCACCACGAUGACGUUGGGGCCCGUAGGACCAGAAGACGCAACUGUCUGGCUGAUAAAGCUGCUCGGAAAGCUGCAUUUGGUGCAACUGCAGCUGCCGACCACUAAGAAGUCUAAGUGGAAGAAGAUGCGACACGUUCCGGCUUGGGUCACCGAUUUGGGACGGGAUUUCGGUCAAUGA